AUGCGUUCAUUGGGAGCUCUGACUGUUGCGCUGCACGCAUCUCUGCUGGUGCUGCUCGCUCAGGGGAUCCAUAAGCACAAGGAUGGAGUUUAUUUGCGGCCGCAGCAGCACUUUCCCGUACAGGACCGAUCGUCCGGGUACCACCUGCCAACCUACAUGAUGCAUCUCUACAGGAAUUUCAAGUCCAAUUUUUCCAGCCCGUCGGAUACAAUGGAGCAAUACACCGCGCAGCAGGCAGACACCGUGAAGAGUGUGAUGGCUAAAAGUUUGAUGUCCAGUCAGAGGAGCUGGAUUGCGACCUUUGACCUCAAGGCCCUUCUAGUUGACAAGCAGAUCCAGGCGGCAGAGCUGAGAAUCCGGCUUCCUCGGACAGCGAGUGCCUCCAACAUCACUGUGGAGGUCUAUCACCAGCAUGGCCAGGCGUGCCAUGCGCACAAGGGCUGCCAGGAACAGCAGCUGGUGGGGCUUCUCACUGAAUCAUCACUGGUCACUUCAUCACAGAGCUGGAAAGUGUUCAACAUGACAGAACCUCUCUUGAGCUGGCUUGGACAAAAAUCUGGGACGGCGGGAGUACAACAAAAAAGAGUGUCGAGAAGAAGGAGAGUGAGGAAGACAAAGAGAGGCCUGUCACUCCCCGAUCAGCCCGUCUUAGUGGAGAGCCCGAGACGAGAGCAGGACGUGAGUGACCGGGCCUUGUUGGUCGUCUUCUCACAAACUGGCUCUGAUGAGAGCUCCAAGGCCAAAGCCAGCUUACUUCACACGGCUGAACAAUCCAAGUUCUUGUCCCCCGCUGAAAUCAAAAGGGCCCGAUGGCCAAAGAGGCGCAGGAGCAAACGGGGCCAGAUAGAGCAAACAGUGAGGAGCCCGCAGGCGUCCAAGAGAGGGAGUGAUAAAUCUCUCUGUCGCCGAGUCGACCUGCAUGUCGACUUUAAUCAAAUCGGCUGGGGGUCCUGGAUCGUCUUUCCUAAAAGAUAUAACGCCUAUCGCUGUGAGGGAUCCUGCCCCGGUCCACUGGGGGAGAACCUGAAUCCAACAAAUCAUGCGUACAUGCAGAGUUUACUGAAACAUUACUACUCUGACCGAGUGGCAGCACCCUGCUGUGCCCCAACCAAAAUGAGCCCAUUAAGCAUGCUGUACUACGAGAACAGAGAAAUGCUCCUCCGACAUCACGAGGACAUGAUUGUGGAUGAAUGUGGCUGCCAGUGA